UCAUGUUUAAUAGUUCUUUUACUGCCUUUAAUUUUGCCUAUUGUAAACGUACAUACACACCUACACACAUGCACGCAGACACACAUACACACACAUGUAGUUUCGAUGUACUGUUAUCUGUUAGAAGUGAUGUUUUUAUAUUACAUUUAUGUUAGGUUGAUGGAAAUAACCCGGCGAUGGAACCUACCAGUCUAGUUAUUUUACACACUGCCUUUAAAAAAAUUCAUAAUUUAGGGUUGUUGGCUGAUGUGUAAUCUGUUUUUACUAUUUUAUCAUUACCCUCUUUUUGUAAAUUAUUUACAAUUAUGUAGACCCUUAGAUUUUUAAGACUAAGCUCCGUCUUUAGUUUUUCUGUCUUGUGCCUUUGUCUUUUCUUCGGCAGUCGGCACUAAAUGUAAGGUUUCCAGUGAUUUGGCAUGAGAAUGUUUAAUUUAGGCCUAUUUUUAUUCUGGUCGGAGUGGCUAUGUCCGUUGCUUGUCGCGGAUUAUCUUUGUGUCGUUUUGUUUGAGCCACAACAUCCCUAAUCAUCUCCAACACUGAGAUUUAAAUUACUUAUUUUUGUCAAUCCCGCUCACUUACCACUUUAAAUUGUGACUGAAGAGAAAGAAGCACAGAGCCACAUGGUCGUGUUCAACCUCUACAUGCUCUUACUAUACACGGCCGCUUGGUGGGGAUCUUGCUCCACUCACGAGCAGCUCUCCAUUUGAGUUUGACUUCCUCAAUGAAUUACAAGUGCAGGAUCUCCUAUAAAACAAGUACAAUUUAUUCUGUUGUUUUACAUUGCAAUGAAUAUUAUUUAAUAUAAUUUUAGCAGAGUUAGUGGCUAGCGUUUAUAUAUUGUUACUGUGCUUCAGCCCCAGGUCGUUUCACACGAUGGAGAGGGUAAAGAGAGUUGAGGCCUCUGAUAAUAACCCACCUGCAAAAAGGAGCUUCAUGAACGGCCAAAAUAUGUGGAUUUUGAGUUUAAAAAACAUACAAUUACUCUGCAUAAACCCUGGUUUCUUGAUUUGGAUGUGUUUAGCACAAAGGACUUUUUUAUUUAGAGUCAUUAGAUGAUGUAGACUUUUGUUUUGGCUUCACCCAGCGAACAGAUGAACAGCAUUAAGAGCGAAAUGUCGCUUUGAUUGAUCGAAUGCUGACUUUUAACGCGAAAUCUGACUGACUUCCUAAACUGUGGCUGCUUGUUACGUAUCGGCUACGAGCGGGCGUUCUGUGUUAGUGGCCUGACUAAGAUACGGGGGAAUGGUAAGACAACUGUCAGGCAAUCACUCCAUGAGCUGAAAUAAUUAUGUCGUGCACCUUGUCCCCAUUUCGUUAUACAGACAACAGAUCUCACAAGCCAACCUUUAUAUGGAAUAAAACAGGGCGCGGAGGAGUUCCAAUAAGAUCCUAUUCUAGCCAAUAAAUCGAAAACGUACAACAAAAAUGACUUCAACUGAUGGAACGCAACAUAUUUCACGCGGAUGUUGGCAUCAUUUUGUUCUCCAGAAAAAGUAAAUAACUGAAAGAUGGAGUAAUGACAUUAGCUUUGGAUGAAACAAAAAACAUACCCCAGGUUGGAAAUAAAAUCGUAUCUUGAAAAGAAAAUUAUACUCAAAGUAGGCAAACAGCCAAGACACAGAAACAUAGUUUGUGACAUCAUAAAAGUGGAUUAAAAGUAUCCAGAUUAACAAAGUUAGCUCCUGCUGUGGGCAUUAAGGUGAAAGGGGGUUGACUAUAGGCUUGUUUGUAUUUUGGUCUGUUUUACAUUGUUUUACAUUUCCAUAUGUUGGCCGACCUCUAUCAAUAUGUUCUGUAGCUCCAGUCAUAUCUAGAGAUGGAGGAGCUGAGGUAGUAAGAGGAGAAAACCUUCCAAGGCGUUUACAGGCACUGAUUGUCUGAAGGGCUUUCCUCCCAAUUUAGUUUCUCUAUUGGAGCGAGGUAAACACAGUGUCACUCCGUUUUACACUGCUUUAUAGUUUGUUAAAGCGUUUACAGCCACUUUGUCCAAGCCUAUUAUCCUCCCCGGCCCUUCUCACAUGUUUAUGGAGAUCAUAUUUCUAGAAGUAGUCUCUACGAUCUUCAGAGAGCUGCUUCGAAGCUCGUUUAUUUUCUCACCAGUAGCGUCGGUCAUGAAAAGGGAAAGAAAAGAAAGCUCCCACAACUGGUUCUAAAACGUCCAUUACAUUUAUAGGCAAGGUCUUGUAAAAGCUGCAACCAAUUAGAAAGCGCGACUCCUUCCCUCUCCUCCCAGGUUUAGCUCCUCUACUCUCGGUAGGCCGUUCCGACAUGUUCGGCUUCCCGUUUCACAAAUUAUGGAGAAACAUUAGAAAGAGUGGCUGAUGUUGCCUGUGGCCACUACAUAAACCCCACACCCCCACCUACCCAUCCACACUCCAAACUCUUAACACUUGAUAUGCAGAGCGGGAGAAUUCUCAUUUAUUUCCCCGUUCUCUCAUUGCUCGAGGAAGGCUACUCUGCUUCACACUCAUCCUCUUCAUCCGCUAAGCCCCCUGUAUUAACAGCCGAGCCCAUCCACUCCAAUAACUAAAAAAUAGAAAGGACGGAGGCUGUGAAGGAAUGCAGAAUAAAGAGAGAUAAAUAAAAGGGUUUGAUGUGGAGUUUUGCGCUUCUCCACAUUUGUCUAAAAGUUUAAGAACUGUUAGUAGACGCAAAGUACAAAAUGACAAAUACACACAUCGCUCAGAAACAGACAGACGCCAUGGCUGAGGAGAAAACGUGCAGAAGAGGGGGCUAGGGAGAGAGAGAGAUGAGAGAGAGAGAGAGAGAGAGAGAGAGAGAGGAGAAAAUAUGAAACAAGUCAUUUGCAAAGGAGUAAAUCACGGAAAGCGGGGUGAGAGCGCGACAGGCUCGCGGUUCCACUGGAAUUGUGAUGCGCAGGAGUCUUUCUUCCUCCUCUGCCGCUUCUUCUUGUCUUUGUUCUUCUUUUUCUUCUUCGCUGGAGACCUUAUGGAACCGCGCUGAUUGUUGUACUACUUCUUGUUGCAGUUGCUGUGCUUGUUUUCGCUUCUCCAGCUGGCUGCCUCUUGUUACUCACGGUUACUCUCACCACAACCAGAUCCAGUGUUGUGGCUACGAGAGUAAACUGCACAGCCCCGGUGGCGGACCCGCUUCUCUCUCCCCCAUCUUGGUCUGUGUGUGUAUGUGUGUGUGUAUGAGUUUGUUGUCGGCGUGUCACUGCCUCUCAGCACAGCACAGAAGCAGCAGGAAACAAUAAAGAGAAAAAGAAAAAGGACACACCAGAAAGCCUACUUUGACUGUGCUGAAUCUAACAAAAACUGAAAAAUAUCCACAACGCGAAAGAUGAGUUCAUAUUUUGUAAACUCGCUCUUCUCGAAAUACAAAAGCGGAGAUUCGUUACGUCCGAACUACUAUGAAUGCGGUUUCGCACAGGACCUGACCGGCAGCCGGCCCACCGUUGUCUAUGGACCGGGAUCCAGCGCUACCUUCCAGCAUACUCCGCAGAUCCAGGACUUCUACCACCACAGCGCUUCCUCGCUCCCGAGCAACCCUUACCAGCAGAGUCCGUGCGCGGUCACAUGUCACGGGGAGCCGGGGAACUUUUAUGGAUACGACGCCCUGCAACGACAGACGCUUUUUGGGGCCCAAGACGCCGACCUGGUCCAGUACAGCGACUGCAAGCUCGGUGGCGCGACCGGAUUGGGCACAGAGGAUACGGAGGGGACCGAGCAGAGCCCUUCACCAACACAACUGUUCCCCUGGAUGAGGCCACAAGUAGCUGCGGGCAGAAGACGAGGCCGGCAGACCUACAGUCGCUAUCAGACUCUGGAGCUGGAGAAGGAAUUCCUGUUCAACCCCUACCUAACCAGGAAGCGCCGCAUCGAGGUGUCGCACGCGUUGGCGCUGACGGAGCGGCAGGUUAAGAUCUGGUUCCAGAACCGCAGAAUGAAGUGGAAAAAGGAAAACAACAAGGACAAGUUCCCCAGUAGCAAGAGCGAACAGGAGGCGGUGGAACGGGAGAGGAGGGAGAAGGAACUGCGAGAGGCCGGUGGGGGUGGAGGAAGUGGAGAAGGAGGCGGAGGUGCAGGUGCGGUGGCGGGUACGGCGGGGACACAGGGUUCCGUCAGUGAGGACUGCUGCGAGAAAACACACAAACAAAUGUAAAGAGUGGCAGAAUAUUUUGAAGGGUCGGAGUGGUUAAUCUAAAUGGUCAACAGAGGUGAUGGGUGAAGUUGGACCGGUGGACUGUUUUGUCUUUAGUGAGGCCAAUGGACUGCCUGCUCUCUCCAUGAUUCAUCAGAUGAGUCUCCAGAAUGGUGAGAGCGUGAGUUAGAAGGACUGAAUGUCUGCUGGCUGUCAAACACACAGGAAAGGUGUUUUAAAGCAAGAAAGGAUCCAAACCGCUGUAAAUCAAACUGAAUUGGAUGGCACUUAUCAUUCGAACUUAACUAGAAUAUAACCCCCACCCCCAUCCCCUCAAGAAUAAAGAAGAAGAAAGAUUAAAGGGUAGCCUCCUUUUUUGUGGAACAAGUAUCGUGAAACAUUUCUAUAUUGUUAGAAUUUUAUCAUUAACAGUUUCAUCUUUGGCAGCUGUAUAGUUAUUAAGUUAAAUAUUAUGAUGGUGCACUUUUUACUGUAAUUCUCACGUCAAUGUUCUUGUUGUUAUGGCUAUGAUUUAUGAUAAUUAUGAAGAUGAAAACGUAGCAACUUAUGAAAUUUCCAACAACAUGAAACUGCCUAUUUAUGCCGAUUUAGUAGGUUGGGUCUCAUUUUUUACACAGUCUGACUGUCGUUUUAGUUCGAUUUUGACGUAGCCUAUGUCAAGGAUAUUUGUUUUAUGUUGUAUUCCUAUAUUGUUUAGGGAAAAGAGCAUGCGCACAGUGCAGAUGAAAAAAAAAUAAAACACAAUAAAUAAAAAUAACAAUAAAAACUGUUGAAAAACACUGUAAAA